AUGGCUUCGGUGCCGGGUUUCUCGGCCUCCGCAGGCAGGACACGGUCCGACAACGCGACCCCAACCGCUCGGGACGAACGAGUUGCCUCAGAGGAUAUGGACGCCCCUUCGGCCGAAUCCUUGGAUGACAAUGAAACUGUCUUCCUCAACAGACCACCGGCAGCUGAGACGCCGCAGAGCAAAUCCCCCUCCCAGAGUGCGGCGCCGGUGGAUUCAUCAUACGAACCCCGCAAGUGUUGGAUAUGCUAUACCGACGAGACAGAGGAUUCGCCGUUGAAUUCGGACUGGCGCUCGCCAUGCCCCUGCGCUCUGACCGCCCAUGAAGCCUGCCUCCUCGACUGGCUCGCCGAUCUCGAAAACCCCCGGUCCCGGAAGCAACACGGCCAGAACGCAAAGAUGUUAUGUCCCCAAUGCAAGUCCGAGAUCGUCGUUUCCCGCCCCCGGAGCUACAUUGUCGAUGUCGUCCGCAUGUUUGAGCGCAUUGCCGAUAAUCUGGUGCUUCCGGGAAUGGUGUUCACCCUGGCGGGGACGGUCUGGGCCGGGUGCUGUGCGCAUGGAGUCUACUCGAUGUACUUUGUCUUUGGGACAGAAGAGGCGCGUCGCAUUAUGGAAGUGCCCACCGAAGGGUCCUGGAAUCCGGGCAUAAACCUCGGGAUACCCUUCAUCCCCCUCGUAUUGAUCUUCGGACGCACCCGCUACGCCGAAGGGCUACUCCCCGUGAUCCCUGUUCUUUUCUUCGCCACACACCACCCCGGCCAGGAGCCCGACCUCGACCUGUGGCCGCCCAGUGCCGCAAUGACGUUUGCAGCCCUUCCGUACGUCAAGAGCUUCUACACCGCUCUCUACGACCGGCUGUUUGGCAAGCUGGAGCGCAAGUGGAUUGCAGAGGUGCAGCCGCGGCAGUCGGAUAUCAACGAGUUCGAUGACAAUGCGCCUCCAGAGCAUCCCGAGCCAGCGCAGGAUCAGCAGGUGGUGAUGGAGAUUGAUUUGCAAUGGCAGCUUGGAAUGGAAAAUAACUUCAAUAACAAUGGGCCGCAAGCAGCCCUGGGAUUGCGCAACAUGGAAGGUCAAGCAAACAACCAAGCAAACAACGGCCAACGAGGACAGAAUCAGGGCGUGGGCGCAAACGCGCAGGCUCUCCUCGGUCGCCGGGAAGACUUCAUCCAUGAGUCUGUCAGUCUUUCCGAUAUCAUCCUUGGCUCACUAGCAUUCCCCGCGAUCUCAGCCUCGAUGGGCGGCCUACUUAAAUAUGUCCUGCCGAAGUCCUGGACCACGGCGUCGACGCUGGAACGGAGUCGACCGGGACUUUUGCAGACGAGAUGGGGUCGCACGGUCGUUGGGGGUUGCGUGUUUGUGCUUUUGAAAGACGCAUUGGUGCUCUACUGCCGGUGGAAGCUAGCGCAGACGCAUCGACGACGCCGAGUGCUGAAUUAUGAUCGCACGAAGAAGCAAGUCGUGGGUUGA